UCAAGCCUUAAAGAAAAGUGCACAAGAGUUAGUAUUGUCAUUAUUAUAUACUAAAUUAAUAUUGAUAUAACGAUGGAAAACGUUCGCUCGCCGAUGGAUAACCUCUUCAACAUGCUGUCGGGCUUCAGCGCGGGCCAGGAGAAAGCCUUAAAACAGGGAAUCUACAACGCUGUCGCACUUUUCUUCCUGUGUCUCGUCUCAGCAGCCGGCUACGGCCUUUACAUUAUCCUGAGUCCGUUCAUCAAACCUCUAAUCUGGGCCCUACUGUGCGGUGCCGUUCUUUUCCCGUUCAAGUGUUCAUUAGUUACAGCGGUGCAAUCUUGGUUUGCCAAAGUAGAAGCGUCGCGCACUCUGUUGAUUGUCAACGCCAGCCUGUUGCCGGUACAUAUAUUCGAUAAUGUCUCCGAGCGAGUCGGCUCCUUUCUGUGGACGCGCAUCAAGUAUAUCGUCUGGGUGGUAUCGCUGACGUUACUGGCUGUAGGCGUUUAUCAUUACACUCCUAACAUGAUAACGUGCCUUGCCUGGAGAAUGUUUCAAAUCUUCACCAUCGUUUCUGGAUUCUUCAUUCUGACAUGCAACGUCUUUACGGUCUCUACCAUACUCGUCGGUUACCUCACGGUUUUGUAUAUCUAUUGGACACCGUCGAAUUCAGCAUCUUUUCGCUAUAUGUCCUUUGUAAUAUGGUUCAUCAUCAGCAUGUAUCUAUCGAGCAUAGCGGGUGCUUAUCGGGUCUUGGUUUUCAUCGCUUUGCAAACCUUGUGCGCAAUAGGAUUUAUUUACGAAGUAAUGCUCAUUAUGGAUGGCCAUGAGCUGAAUGGUAGGCACUUAACGUUCUCGCAGGCGGCGCGUUUUGCCUUAACAAAUGACUUAUUUUCGAGCCCGCAAGAAGAUCAUAAAUCAGCUUCAUCAGAGGAUGACGAGCAGACAAACGACUGUGUUCCGGAAGGUAAAAGCGUGGAUACGCCAGUCCGUUCUCGAGAAGAAGCAGGAAGAUCGGCGUCCGCCGAUGCAAUGGAUAUCGGGAGGAUACGUGCACCGAAGCUUGGCGUAAAAUCAAUAUCCUUGAAUACAGAUGCCGAUCUGUCCUCCGCAGCGGGCGUGGCCACAUAUAAAUCUGUGUAUAACAUGCAUUCUGCAACUCGUGCGACAUUACGCGACCGUUAUCUGCUCGGCAAAAUAAGAGCCGAAUUACGAACGUCUCUGGACAUGCAGGACAAUAAGGUUGAUACCGACAAGUACAUGUACGGAGCGCUAUACGCGUGUGCUGGCAUGCUUCUCUGGAAACACAAGUGGAUCGCGCACAUUCUGGUGAUCCCGUUGGUAUAUUAUAUUGUCAAACAGUUUGGUAGCUAUUUCGGCUUUUGGGAAAUGAUACUCAAGUAUUGCGACUCGGUGAUACAAACGCUCAAGUCAUGGUGCAUGGAACGGCAUCAAGCGCUUAUACCUUCCAAUAUCAGAGGUCUCUAUAAAGUAAGCAUUAUCGUGGACGGGAAACUGAGAAAUAUUCUGAAAGGCUCCGUCAAUGCGGUAGCGACUACGUCCGUGAUACUUGGCUUGAUCGUUUUCACUACUUGCGCAUCUAUUUUUAUCACGAUACAGAUCUAUGCGGAAGGUUUGCAUCUUGUUCAAGUAACGGGUGAAAUAUUGAAUUCCACUUUGAUGAACAAUCCUGAUAUCGAUUGGGUUCCAGAAAAGUGGGAAGAGUCUGUUAAUAGUGUUUUAGAUAAUGCUUAUACAUAUGGACGAAGCGCUAUAUCGGAUGGAAUUCGAGGUCUCGUGAAAGAUCUCGAACCAGCGAAAGCGGAGCAGAUGGAGAAGAAAGUUUUGGAACUCUGGGAUCGUCUCUAUCAAGCAUGGAUGAUGUCAAAUACAGAUCCCCAUCUCGUGGGUCCUACUGUAGAUGCCAUGUCUGCAUACUCCGCUUGGGAGAGCUUCAAAGAUAGUUUUGGGAAAACACCCCUACAUUUGUUCAAUAUGACUAGUAUACAGAAUUUUGCCAAAGAAAAUAUUGGCGUUUUGAUGUCGGUGCUUGAUUCUGUUUGGAGCAUUGUCAAAGGCAAUAUGUCUGUGAUACUAACAGUUUUCACAGAACUGUUCUAUAUCGUACUCAUGAGUGGAUCAGCAGUACUUAAUUUUGUACUCAGCACGGUUGUGUUUUUUACAACUUUAUUUUACUUGCUCAGUUCCAGCGGUAAAACUUAUAAACCCAUCGAAUUGACAACGAUGUUUAGUCCUAUUAGUUGUCACAGCUCGCUGCAUGUAGAAGGAUUUGCUGUAGCGUUACAAGAAGCAGUAAUUGGAGUAUUUGCGGCCACCUUUAAACUUGCCUCCUUCUUCGGCAUGUGGACGUGGUUCAUACAUAAUUUAUUCCAAGUGAAAAUUGUCUAUCUACCAUCGGCUCUCGCGACUAUGUUGGGAGCAGUUCCUUUCUUAGACGCAUACUUUGCCUGCAUCCCGGCUACCAUAGAACUCUGGUUCACCCGUGGAUCGAUGACUGCUAUCACUUUUUUUCUCUUCCAUUUCCUCCCAUGUAAUAUAGUAGUGACGGAAUUUUAUAAGGAGAUUAAAGGUGGUGGGCAUCCUUAUCUAACGGGCCUAUCUAUAGCAGGCGGAAUCUUUUGUUUAGGUGUGGAAGGGGCAAUUUUUGGUCCUUUACUCUUGUGUUGUAUCAUGGUUGUCAUCAAUUUAAGCCGACGUUAUCUACAUUCGCCUGAGGAGGAGGAGGUCGUACUUCCAUCGUAUUCUAACCAUGAAAGAACGUCGCAAUAUGAGCCAAAAUAGCAUUACGGCUUUAACAGAAAUGAAUAUCUCUACUUAACAAUAUUACGAGCUAUGGGCUCCAGCUUUUACUAAAGAUUAAUGGUUUCCACCAAUGUAGAUUGACUUUAAUCUUGGUUUAACUUUUACUCAUUUUUUUCUAAUUCUGAUUAAAGUUAAUCUACAUUGGUGGAAACAGACAUAAGAAUUUAAUAUUUUAUGAAAGUGUGUGCUGUAUGAGGGAAACGUACAGUGCAAACACAAAUGCGAAAGUUGUGUUUGCUAUAUUUUUAUGUGAUAAGAGAACUAAUCUAGGAGUCUCAGCUUACGCUUAUUAGAUUUACAGAUAUUUAUAUUACAUAUAUGGAUAAUUUAAAUAAAUUUUUUCUUAUUUAUUCUUUUUAAAUAUCCGUUCGUAAUAUAAUUCAUUUUCAUGAAUUUAGCUUUAAACGAUAAUAGAUUUUUAGUUUUUUGUUAUCUUUACGUAAAAAAAUUUUUAAUGGAUCCGCGAAUAUUUUGUUACAUGUAUACGA